GAAAACCACGGCGGUCAAUCAAGUCAAUACCUGCUGAUCUCCCGCUUUCUGCUUUAUGUAGGUAACACGCAGCUCAAUUCACGAGCUCACAUAGCAGCCCGCGACAUCUCUCAUCCCCAGACUUGACUUUUGUGACCACUCUCGUCUAUAGCGGAAAAAAGCAGAAAUUCCCAUCUCCAAGUGAGGAACUCCCUACGUCAUGGUCAAAUGGUCACGCCUCUUUGGCGCAGAGCGCGACUCUCGCCAUCCGCGCGAGGAAAUGUGGAGGUUACUUCCUAGUCAUACCAAUGACCUCCCCGCUACAGCCUACCCUGCUCGUGAAGUCACCAAAGUCGCCCUCCGCUUGAAAUACCAUAUCGAAGAGGUCAUACCUAUUGAACUCCCCGAGGACAAGAUCACCGCUGCCAACUCUGGCGUCAUCACGAAGAAGGUGGUUCAGACUGCCCUUGAAGCUGGAGGAAAAGACUACUCGGCCUGUGUUGUGUACUGUCUGCUUGUUUGCAAGAGAUGGUUCAAACACCAGGCGACCCUGGAACUAUGGGAUGCAGAUCUCCACGAAGUCCGUGCUGUAGCCUGCGAAAUAAUUGCUAAACGCAUUAUCGAGGCUGAAGAAGACCAAGAAUAUCUCAUGCAGAAAGUCCUUCUGCAACGGUAUAGUGUUGUACGCAAAAACGAAGAAUCUGCCCCAGCCAACGUUAUCGAGCGUGCUGUCGAUCUACACUGUCUCACUGUGAUAGGCUCCUCGGGCUAUCAAAAGUGCAUCAAGUACCUGUGGCGUGGCUGGAUUCAACAGGAUGAUGAAGAUGCUGCCAAUUACCGUUGGUAUGAAAAUCGCGACAACACCAACUACUGGGUUCACUAUGACCCCGACCGGAUGCGCACGCCAUUAUACCAGAAUGUAGUGCAGGUCUCGGUGUCAAUUCUUUAUCUGAUCCUCUAUACACAAGCGGUAAACACCAUCAAUGAAGAGGGAGAUCUUGACGUUGUCGAAGGGAUUCUUUAUGUGAUGACGGCAGGUUUCAUAUGCGACGAACUCGCUAAGCUGUGGAAAGUCGGCCGUUACUAUAUCGGCUUUUGGAAUGUGUUCAACAACUGUCUGUACGCAUUACUAACGGCCUCUUUCGUGAUCCGUAUCACAGCACUUGCACACAGCCCUAAUCACGAUGACGAGCGUCGGCGCGAUCUGAACAAGCUCGGUUACCAUAUCUUCUGCUUCAGCGCCCCUAUGUUCUGGAUGCGUCUACUGCUUUACCUGGACACGUUCCGCUUCUUCGGCGCCAUGUUGGUCGUCCUCAAGGUUAUGAUGCGCGAGUCAUUGAUUUUCUUCUUGCUACUCGUGGUGGUAUGCGUUGGUUUCCUUCAGGCGUUUAUCGGGCUGAACCAGGUCGAAGGAAACGCGAGCAUUACCACCUUCAUCAUCACCAGCAUGGCGAAUUCGGUGAUGCAAUCUCCUGACUUUGACGGGUUUGACAACUACGCUCACCCCUUCGGGCUGAUAUUGUACUAUAUCUUCACAUUCGUGGUGAUGGUCAUCCUGUUGAAUAUUCUCAUCGCACUAUACAAUUCAGCAUACGAGGAUAUCACCGAGAAUGCGAUCGACGAGUACAUGGCCAUGUUUGCCCAGAAGACUUUGCAAUUCGUCCGAGCACCGGAUGAAAAUGUUUUCAUUGCACCACUCAACCUCAUUGAGAUGUUCUGCCUGAUUCUGCCCUUCGAAUGGUGGAUGGACAAAGCCCAUUACCAGCGGCUCAAUGAUUAUGUUAUGGGUAUUGUCUACAGCCCGUUGCUCCUAGUCACAGCCGCGCUGGAAGCAAGAGAUGCGAGAUCUGUUCGAGACAAUCGGAAACGAGGUGAAGAGGAUGACGACACAAUUGAGGAGUGGGAAGAGAUGGAAGGGGAACUUGAUUUUGAGAGCGAGGGCUGGGCUAAGAAGGUGGAGAGUUCGAAGCCGAUCGUCGAUGUCGAUGCCGACGUGGUCGAGAUCAGGGAACUAAAGGAGCAGGUCAAGGAGCUCAGGGAUAUGGUGAGAGCCAUGAGUGUUGAGCCAGGGAGCCAAUGAAUGUACUUGACUAGAAAAUUGGCUGGCAUUCUGGCGGCAGUUACUGAUAUUGGUCAGGGCAGGAUGAACGAAGCCUCGAUCCCUUGUGUCUUAUAGCCAGAGCUUUCGGCAAGCACUUCGGACGUUUGAUUUUGCAAAGCCCGGGCCUCAAAAAGUGUAACAUGUUUGCGAAUCCAUUUGGUGGAAUAUUUGUAUUUGACUUGGCUGGCGCCCCAGAGCAUACACAGAGGAGGGUAACUUGGUCUUGCUAAUUUAAA